CGGCAGAGUGGGAGGCGGCCAUUAGGUUUGAAUCCAGGCGGGUAGAGCUGUUGCGCGCGCGGUGCUGAGCGGAGCGCGGCCUGUCGGGGCUGACGGAACACGGAGCCAUGGCCAUGGCGGCGGGGCUGGCGAGGCUGCCCGCGGUGUGUAACCAGCGGCUGGCCGAGCUCCUGCGGCAGGUGGACGAUGCCGACAUGGUGUGGUUGGAGGAGAUCCGCGAGGAGGCGGCCAGGAUGUUCGGCAGCCAUUACAACGAGCAGCCCGAGCUGAUGCCCAAAACGCCGUCACAGAAGAACAGGAAGAGGAGGAAGAGGCCGUCAGCGCUGCGGGGAGAGAGCAUGGAGCUGGGCAGGAGGAGAUUGUCUAGAAGGAGGACUAACAACCGGAAGGCGGUGUCCUCCACGCGAUGUUCUCAGCGACGCCAAAAUAAAGAAGAUGCAGGAGCACUCAGCGCUGAGGCCCAAGAACCAUCAAGCCAAACUGUUUCCCGGUGGAUGACGAGAUCCCAGGUUGCAGCAUCUGCUAACUGCUCAGAGGUCCUUUCUGAACAACUUGGAGAAAGGGUUGUUCCUGUAGUAGAAAUCAGCGUCCGUGAUCGCAUUAGUGCUGAGUUUCAGUUCCAGAAGCGUGCAUCUGAAAUAGCAGAGAACCACCCCACAGACCUUCCCCUGAGCUCCAAUGACAAGUCUCCCAAGGAGAGCAGUGCUGCAGAAUCACAGCCUUUGCCUGAUGUGUCUGAGCUCACAGUCCCUCACACCCCAGAGGCAAAAGGCUCAGAAAAGAACAAGAGUGCAUCUAAGAAGACAGCAAAUGUAGCUAAUACUACAUUUGUCCUAAGUGAAGCGUCUGGGCUGGAAGAGGUAGAUGAUUCUGCUCAAGCACAAAAGCAUAACGGGAGGGAUGAUAAAGAACCUCAGCGUACAACAGACAGCCCAGAAACUCCUACAGGCUCUAGGCUAAGCCGUCGCUCUGUGCGCAGAAGUUUGAUGGGCAAACCUUCCACCAUUCGUAGAACCUCGUUGGCAGAGAAGUACUCACUAGCUCAGAAGAGGGAAAGCGCUAUUCGGAAAUCUAUUGCCAGGACAGUGAUCAAGCAUAAGGCACCUCAGAAGUUAUCUGUGUCUUCCAGUUUUGUGAAUGGCUCAGGUUCUGAAGAGGUGCCAGAAGAUGAAGAAACAGUUGUCAAGGCUGGACCUCCUCCUGUGCCUUGUACCCCUCCAAAGCUGGAUUUCCAAGGCAUGCGGAUGUCACUUCGUUCUCAGGCUGGGAACAAAAAUGAACAACAGAAGACGAGCAACAACGAAUGUGACUCAAAUAAGGGCGAGAAGACCCAGGAACCACCCCAAAGUGCCAGGAGAAAGACAAGUUACAAAAGAGCUGUGGAUCAACGCUAUGACACCCAGCAAGCAGAAGAUGGAGGGCUUUCUCCUCAAAGGAAGAAGACCCUAUCCCCUCCAUGCCCAGCUAGCAAAGUUGUACGUCCUUUCAAAACGUUUUUGCACACCGUGCAGAAGAAUCAGCUCCUAAUGACCCCAAGCUCUGUGGGGAGAAAUGGAGUAAUAAAGUCUUUUAUCAAGUACAACACUCCUAUCCAACAUGAUCCCAAGGAAAAGGAGAGACAAAAACUGCAGGCUCUGAAGAAAAAGGAAGAGGCCGAGCAGUUGAGAAAACAAAAAGUGGAGGAAGAAAAGAAACGGCGACUAGAAGAGGCAAAGUUGAGGCGUGAAGAACGCCUGCGUAAAGUGCUGCAAGCUCGGGAGCGGGCAGAGCAAUUGGAGGAAGAGAGGAAGCGGCGCAUUGAGCAGAAGCUAGCUCUGUUUGAGGAGAAGACAGAGAAGGUGCGGGAAGAAAGACUGGCAGAAGAGAAGAUCAAAAAGAGAGCAGCUGCCAAGAAAAUGGAAGAAGCUGAGGCCCGGCGCAAGCAGGAUGAAGAAGCCAGAAAACAAAAAGCUCUGCAGCAGGAGGAGGAGGAACGUCGGCACAAAGAGCUAAUGCAGAAGAAGAAAGAAGAGGAGCAGGAACGUGCCAGGAAAAUUGCUGAGCAGAGGCAGGCAGAACAGGAGAGAGAAAAACAGCUGGCUGCAGAGAGAGAGCUGGAGAGGAAGAAGGAGCAGGAAAGGAUUCAGGCAGAAAAGCAACGUGAACAGCAAGAGAAGGCAGCUCGCCUGCAGAAGGAAGCACUGGCUGCAAAAGAACAGAUCCAGAAAGAGGCGGAAAAGAAAGAGAAGGAAGAGCAGUUGCUAGCAGAGGUGAAGAGGCAGGAGCAAGAACAGAAGAAACUCCCAAAGGAACAAAAGGCUACAGAUGUAGCACAAACACAGCACCUAGAAAACAAAGAGAAUUCACCUGCCUGCAAUUCAUACCAGAUGACUCCACAGAACCAUAAAGAUCCAAAGCCCCCCAAGAUAAAUCCAAAUAACUAUGGAAUGGAUCUGAACAGCGAUGACUCUACUGAUGAUGAAAGCCAGCCUCGCAAACCCAUCCCUGCCUGGGCCAGCGGGAAUCAGCUUAGCCAAGCAAUAAUCCGCCAGUACUACAACCCUCCCAAUGUUGAUGCACUCUUUGGGACGAUCGUAAGCCCCAAGUUGGAGGACAUCUUUUACAAAAGCAAACCACGUUACUUCAAGCGCACCAGCUCUGCUGUGUGGAACUCCCCACCGUUUCCAGGUGCCAAAUCAGUUCUAGGUCUGCCAUAUGGCCUGAAAAAGUACUGAGGUGGACAGUAACUGUCUCCUGUGGAGCAAUAAUAUGCAUUUGUGUCUCUCUGGGUGAGAAGAGAGAUGCUAUUCAAUAUCCCUAAAUCUUUAGGCUCUAGCGUUUAAUAAAUGUCAGCUCUGACUGGGCCUCUUACAUUUUCUAUUUUGGAGGCUUGUUUUCUCACUGUUGAGUAAAGUUGCAGGCUAUGGGGAGAUCUUGCUUCUGAACUGUGCAUCUCCUUUUUCCUUCAACCUUAAGAUGGCAAAGAUUUAGACUUAUAGGUCAUGAGAAUGUAUCAUCUAAAGCAAAUGUGGUUGUUGAUGGAUACAGUAGGGAAAGGUGUGUCAGUACUGUUCCUGCAGCCCUAUGGUGAAAGCCAGAGUAUUGUACAGCUAAUGACUGCUGUAUGCAUCUCGAGUCAAGUCCAAAACACUGCUGAUGUCCUUAAGAAUAAAUAUAUUAGCAGCCAUGUCUCCAUCUCCUGCAAACUGCAAAAUAAUUUGGUUUGGUUAUCAUUAGGAAGCUCUAUGUCAACACCAAAUGCAUUUAUGUACAUAAGCUAUGUUGAUGUUACUGCAGCUCGGGAGGAAAUAUCCUGAGGAUCUUAAUGACCUUUCUUCUGUUGUUGGAGAGAGAUGUGACCCUGGAGUUAAUCAUGUCUCCAAGAAUACCCAGAGUAGCAUAAGUAAUCUUUGUACUUCCAGCUGUCUUUCAAGUAAAUUAUACCAAAGGUUAUGGUAUUCUUUAAUUUCCACAUUUGUGGCAGAUUGGAUUAAAAGGAUGUUUUUGUUCAGUUUUAGUUCUUGUCUUGUUCCUUUCCCCCUUAGGUAUUUCACUUACUCAGCAUCAAAGCUGGUUUCAUUUUUAGGCCUUCACUUUGCUCUUCUUGCUCAGUAAAGCAAUGUUAAAACAGUUUCCUCACAACAUCAAAAUAUGAGCUCAGAAUUUCAGCUCUGAGAUCACAUGGUGUUCUUGUCUACAAGUUUCAGUAUAGAGAGAAGUCCCAGUAGGACAGUGACAUUUUACAAGGAAACAGUUACGUUAAUUUCUGUAGGUUUCCGUGGAAGUCUGUCUUCUGCGAAGUAGACAAAAUACAUUGUUCUUACCUCAGAAUCAUCUUUUCUGGGAGGCUUGAUUUGGUUUUAAAGAUGGGUGAGUAUUUGUGGCUGCGGCCUCAGUCAGUGGACUGAGAACACUGUACAUACAGCUCGGGUGCUUUAAAAAAACAGCUAUGGCUAUUAUGUAACAUGUAAGGAGGAUUGCGUAUUUCCUUGUGCAUUAACUGUUUUCCAAAUAAAUAUCUUUAAGAUA